CGAUAACAGCCAACAAAAAGCAACAAUAUCACUACCAAAAGCGUACUGUUUGACGUAGCCAUCCCCGGGAGAUAGGAUGCCAUUCCCGUCAGCCAACGAAAGAGUGAGCGAAAGGGCCUCGUAUCGAGCGGAAAAACAUACACCAUCGCAGCAUCUUGCCAGAGGGCAUUGCAAAGGGACAGGGGACGCUUAUCACCUCCCCUCAGUGAUGCCUUUGUUUUCCACGCUUUUCCACCGCACAUCGUGUACAUAGAGGCGCACCAAUAAGGGAGGAGUUAGAGCUUAGGGCUUACAAGCGGCAAAGGUAACAAAUGUGGACUUUCGACAUCAAGAGAGGACGAAUCAUAGAUUUCCGAUGGCAUGAAUUUUCGCCCCGAUCGUCAGCGAUGCUGUCAGCGAGAGCACACACAGGCAGAAGCAGUAGCAGCACAAGCAUCGGUGUGACGGGGCCUCGAUGUCGAAAGAUUGGCAGUUGUGUCAACGGAACUGGCGAAGGCGAACUGGUACGGUGUGUUCGAUCAGACUGAGUGAUUUUUAGUAGAUGAACUGACGGCUGUAGCUGAAGGUGCUGAUGGAUCCAAACGGAGCUGUGAAACGCAGUAGAGUCAACAAAGAUAAUUUGAUGUUGGUGUCAUAGGCUUUUUGGAAUACAAAUAGUACAGUGCAAGUGUUGUUUUUUCGAAUCCUUAAUAAAGGCAGCAUAAAAAACGUGUAUCUAACACAAAAACGUCGUUAAAUACGUUUGAAAAGAUACACUUGGUUUGCUAUAUGCUGGAAAGGCAUGUAUGAGUGCAUUCUUCAUUGUAUCCAAGUUAUGUGUGUCAAAAGUUAAUCGGAUUGCCAUUUGAUUUCUGUGGAAUGCUUUCAGUGUGCGAUGUGUUUGUUAGGAGAUCACUUUAAAGGAUUUGUCUGAUUUUAAGGUGAAGUGUUUGCAGUUUCAAAUGAAUUGAAUACCUGUGACCAAAAAAGGAGAUUAAUUAAGCAAAUACUUUAGUGGAGUGGGAAAAGCUAAUUUGAUCAUCACUACUGUUUAAAAGCUUACUGAAACAUCAAUUCAAUUCGAAAACAUCAAACGUUAAAAGUUUUUCGGAUGUUAAAAGCAACACAUCCGAUUAAACAGGGCGUUAGUGCAAGUGUUUUUGAAUGUUUCGAUUUAGCAAGAAAAACGGCAAUAUGGAUAGCUCGACGGUUCUGCAGGAUAAUAAGAGUGGAUUCAGCAAGGGCUCCAUCGCCGAGUUCUACGAUAAACUUGAGAAGGACGACGGUGGUCGAGGAUUCGUCAUUGAAGAUGGUACUCAUGGAGGAUUGUCGCGCAUCGAGAAUGGCAUGUCGGGAAAAGGAGAACAUCGAGGAUCGCCGAUAUCAUGUUAUUCGCCACAGAAUCGACUGCUGCCUUGGCCACCACAACAUGUGAACGAAAGCACGAGCUCUUCAGCAAGAAAGGCUCAAAAUCUUGGUCUAAUAUGUGUCGUUUGUGGAGAUACUAGCUCUGGGAAGCAUUAUGGCAUACUGGCAUGCAAUGGAUGCUCUGGAUUCUUCAAACGUAGCGUCCGUAGGAAAUUAAUCUAUCGAUGCCAGGCCGGGACAGGAAGUUGUACAGUGGACAAAGCGCACAGGAAUCAGUGUCAGGCGUGUCGAUUGAAAAAAUGCCUUACGAUGGGAAUGAACAAGGAUGCUGUACAAAAUGAACGUCAACCACGGAAUACAGCAACAAUCCGACCAGAAGCACUACGGGAUAUGGAACAAGGACGUGCCUUGAGGGAAGCAGCCGUUGCCGUCGGAGUGUUUGGACCUCCAGUUUCACUCGCACUGCUCUCACCUUCCCGCUAUGGCCCAAGUAUCCUACCAACGCCUGCCUUACCGACCAGUCAAUUUCUGCACCAUCACAGCCAGGUGUCAUCGCUGGUAAACAGUCUACCGCAUCAUCAUCCUCACCAUCCACACCAUGCCGCUAUGCACGGGCUAGCGAACGGACUGUCGAUGAAUCUGAACGGCGUGGGGAUGCCGGGCCAUAACGGCACGCCCGGUUUGAGUCAUUCGGGUGGAAAUGGUUCCGAUCGAGACCGAGACACCGUUGUGCUGAUGAACAGUGGCAGUGGUGACAGCAACAAUAACAAAAACGCUUCAUCCAGCUCGACGGAAAAUCUCAACACGACAUCCUCCUCUAAUCAUUCGAUGGCGGGCGAUCAGUCUCCGAGUGGGGCUGGGUCGCCGGCCCAUGGGACACCGGUAAACGGACUCGGCACUGGGGGUAGCUGUGUGACGGGAGCCACUAGUAUGGCGACUGAAAAGCAUCCUCAACAUAGCUCAUCUUCGUGCGGUUCGGCCAGUCCUAUUCUGGAGCAGGACAACAUGAACGAUAACGACGAUGAUUCCAUUGACGUAACCAACGAUGAAGAUACGGACCAACCACAAAAUAAUAACACCAUCCCCAGCCUAAUGAACCACCCAUUUUAUGGACAAGGACCGAUGUUCAACUUUCAGGAAACUAUUUAUGAAACGAGUGCUCGGCUUCUAUUCAUGGCUGUAAAAUGGGCCAAAAACCUACCCAGUUUCGCUAGCCUUACGUUCCGCGAUCAGGUUAUCUUGCUUGAAGAGUCCUGGGCUGAACUGUUUCUAUUAAACGCCAUCCAGUGGUGUAUGCCCAUUGACACGACGGCCUGUACGUUAUUCUCAUUGAAUGAACAUUGCAACAGUGCAAACAAUUCUGGCUUCUUUAAACCAGGACAGUUGGCACAAGAUCUACGGAUCCUCAAUGACACUCUGUGUCGAUUCAAAUCGGUUCUGGUAGAUCCAGCCGAAUUCGCCUGUAUGAAAGCUAUUGUGUUAUUUCGCUCGGAGGCGCGAGGGCUCAAAGAUCCGGUACAAAUUGAAAACCUGCAAGACCAAGCACAGGUGAUGCUAGCGCAGCAUUCGCGUACACAGUUUCCAGGGCAAAUUGCGCGGUUCGGGCGGCUGCUCUUGAUGUUACCUUUAUUAAGAGCAGUCAACUCACACAAAAUAGAGUCAAUCUACUUCCAGAAAACGAUCGGAAACACGCCGAUGGAAAAAGUGUUAUGUGAUAUGUACAAAAACUAAACUUUACCCAAAAUUUUGCUUUUACGCUAUGGGAUGGUGCAACUGAUCUGCCGUGACUAACAUUAGGGAAAUAAAUACCGGGUGAAUGUGGGAGGAAAUUAUAGGGAUUCGUACAAAGUCAGUUAGGGUUGAUGUCCAAGCAAAAUGCCUAAUUUUUCUACAAUAUGCUAUAAUUUAAAAAGAUUUCUCAGUCUCUUGCUAUGGGGCAAACAUUGGAUAAAUUAAUGAAAUAGUGAUUGUUAUGCAGUUUUGUUAGUUUCACAUUGAUACGCUGAUUUAAAACAUAAUUUUAUGCUUUUUAUUGAAACCACUAUCUGCAUUUGAACUGCGAUUUCACGGAGUGCACGAGGUAAUAUCUCCUAUAUUGACACACUUAAUUGCUUUCCAUUGGAAGUGUUUAUUACUUUAAAUUGAACUGAUUAGUGAUCCGUCAUCGAGAAAAACUGCAAACAAAUGAACAAACCGCUAGUUUCGGGUUUGCAUAGUGAUUAAUGUUCCAGUUCAAUUAAUUAUUUGCCUCAAGCACAAACCGCCAUGAACAAAGUGAGAAAUGCAUUUCGUGAACAGUUCCCCGAUCCCACACCAUUAAAGCAAAAAACCACAGUAUAGAAUGAUAAUUACCCCAAACGAGAAUCCUGUGCUGUAUGUUUAAAGCCCAAUCUAAGUAACGAGGAAAAUUAAAUUUGACAUGAGAAAAGCUAAACAACUGCGGUGCAAUUACCCAAAGCAUGUGACUGAAGUAUCCAUAUUAGGCUUGGGUUUAGUUUGUACAUUAUUGGUUAUAAAUUAUUGAAUUGCGUAGAACAUCUGUAACAGCUCACAUUUGCAGAAAACGUGCACUGAAAAUGAACUAAUAUUUGAUGUUUUUGGUUUUUUGAAUCUAUUUCCAUGAAUGAGAUCAGUAAGAGUUUAGUUUUUGCACCAGCUUAGCUUCAAUUAAUGCAAUUUUGUGUAUUUUAUAGUGAAUAAAUAAAUAGAUAUUUGGU